AUGGGCUCAAAUACCUCAAUGACAAGUGCAAUGGCCAAGUCCAUCAUUGCUGGUGAGACUAGUAUUAGCACAAUAAUUAAUAACAAUGCUAAUCAAGAAGAAGAACACCAUCAACACUCAGAUAAAUCACUGAGCAAAGAAUCUCAAUGGAGUAAGUCUUCUCCUGCUCUCAAACCACCAAGGCCCUAUCGUUCCAGUAUGAAAAGGUCUUCAAGGUCCGUGCCCAAUAAGAUGGAUGCAGAAUUUCAAAAGGUCAAGCAAGAUCAACAAAAACAACAAAAGCAAAAAACUACUCCCUCAUCUUCGAAUGAUUCAAGUCCUAGCACCAUUUCAUCAUCACCUUCAUCAUCUUCAAGUGCAACACCAACCACCUCAACUGUUGGUGAAGUUCAAAUUCUGGAAGACCAAAAUGCCAGCACUAGCAAACAAACCAAUGUGAAAUCAAAGAACAGACCAAAUGCAAUAACCUAUGCAAACUUUCUGAAUCAUUCACAUACACUCACACUAACAGAUGAAUCCAUACAGGAUAGAUAUUUUGAUAGAUAUUACCCACCUCUGCCAGCAGAUGUUGAGGAAAAACUCAAAGUUGUUGAUAAGAAAGCACGUCCAAAAACUGCCAAUGCAUACGUUAAGGCAAAAUCUGCGAGUAAUCUGAAAAUUUCUGCUCCCUCUUCUUCCUCAAACAUAUCCUUAAUAACCAUAACAGAAUCCUCCUCUCCACAAAACCAUGAUAACAAUAUUAAUAACAACAAUAAUGGUAAUAACACUCCUCUAGUGGCCAAGCCAAUGUCUCCAAUAGUCUCACUCUACAGCAAAACCUCAUCUAACAAUCAAAGUGCACCAAGAUCACUAGCAAGAAGCAGUUCUCAUUCAUUUGGCUUAACAAGCUAUCCAUCAUCAACAACAAGAACAGUUUCCCCAUCCGCCAACAAUAAUAACACCAGCAGCUCAACCCUUCACCCACAUCAUCAUGCUCCUUUGCAAAGAAGUUCAUCCCAUUCAAUUGGACUCUCACACAAUAAUGCUACCAAAUCACCAACACAUUCGCCUUCCAUUUCUCCACACAAUAAUUCUCUCCAACCACAUCAUCAUACCUUUCAGAGAAGCAAUUCUCAAUCAAGUGGCAUGUUAACUCGAUCCAAUCUUCAGCAACAAAAAUCACCAAGUAGUGCUAUCCCACAUAUGCCUCAAACAUUCCACAAAUUACCAACUGAAGGAACAACAAUGGUUGGAUAA